AUGCUUCCGCUCCUGCUGCUUUUAUUGCUCCUGCAGCUCUCCUUCUCUGCGGGCAAGGUCUUCGACCGUUGUGAGCUGUCGCAGCUGCUCCAACGCCAGUUCGGCAUGCCCGCCUCUCAGGCAGCCACCUUGGUCUGCAUAGCGCAGCACUCGAGCUCGCUGAACACUGCGACCUUUGGAGGAGGCAGCGGGCCAGGUGGCGGCUCGCACGGCCUCUUUCAGAUCAGCGACGUCUACUGGUGCUCUCCGCCCGGUCAAGGUGCGGGUUGUGGUGUAAGCUGUGCGCGCUUGCGGGACGACGACAUCAGCGAUGAUGUGCAGUGCGUGCGGAAAAUCUUUGCGGAGCACCAGCGUAUAUCGGGCGAUGGCUUCACUGCUUGGCAGGCAUAUGAGCAAUAUUGUCGACAUGAUGCUGCCUCCUAUGUCGCGGGCUGUGGCGGCCUCGGAGCUGGUUUCAGUGCUGGCUCUGCCUUGAUCGCAGCUGCCUCCCAUCAACCCGUGAGCUAUCAGCCCGUGAGCUACCAGCCCGCUAGCUAUCAGCCCGUGAGCUAUCAGCCCGUGAGGAACAGCGGAGCCCAGGUGCAGAGCAAGAUCUACAACCGCUGUGAACUGGCCCAGGAGUUGUACUAUAACCAUAAGAUGCCUAUGCAACAGAUCCCUACGUGGGUGUGCAUUGCCCAACACGAGUCCUCCUUCAACACCGCUGCUGUGGGACGCCUUAACACCGACGGCAGUGCAGAUCACGGACUAUUUCAGAUCAGUGAUCUGUUUUGGUGCACACACGAUGCGCGCGGGGGCAAGGGCUGUCGCAUAUCCUGCGACAAGCUGCUUGACAAGAACAUUGCAGACGAUGUGCAAUGCAUUAAACGCAUUCAUCAGGAGCAUACGCAGAUUUCGGGAGAUGGCUUCACCGCCUGGACUGUGUACAACAGAAAUUGUCGCAAUCAGCGGUACGAGCAAGUAGCAGCUUGCUUCGCCAAGCCGCAAGCGGCCGCACCACAUCAUCCGAAUGCAAUUGGAGGCGGUGCUGUUGUGUCAAAGACUAGCUAUGUGCAACCACAAAAGACUACCCUCUCAAGUGGCUAUUACAGGCCCACGACUGUGGUAAGCUCACAGCUUCCGUCCAGCUAUCUUAGCAACCCCUUCCUGCGUCCGCACAUAUCAGCACAGGCCCAGCCGCACCCCAAUGCAAUAAAUGUGCCCCAGAAAGCGCAGUCACAUUUCUCGCUCGCAAAUCCUUUCCAAAAAUACAAGCAGCAAACACCGUUCUACACCAACACCUACACAACACCACAGCAACAACCACAACACCUAUACAACCACUACCAACGUCCAACACCUUCGCGUUCGGGACAUAGCUACGUGGGUGUGCAUCGCCGAGCAUGAGUCGCGUUUCGAUACGUCGGCGGUGGGGCGUCUCAAUACUGAUGGCAGUGCGGAUCACGGACUUUUUCAGAUCAGC